CAUAAAAGUAGUACAAGCUAAGAUUGCAUCUCUUCUGAUCUGAAAGCUUUCAAAGUCAACCAACCUCAUUUUGUUUCUCUAUUUCCUCAACUCCCUUGUUUUGCUUCCUAGUUCCUACAAUAAUCUCACAUUGAUCAUGAGCUCUAUUGAAACAGACUUCAUGAUUCCACCACCACAACCAAACCCCGAAAGUAUUGCACAUCACCAAAACCAAAAAACACUCUCAUCUCUUGUCUUGCAACCUCUAGAAUGGCUCAAAAUGAUGUCCUCCGCUUCCCAUCCCACCCUCGUCAUUGGCAUCAUUGUCUAUGGCCUCAACUUAGGCUUCAUCGAGUCAUACUUUCGUGUCGUGACUGACUACUACUGGAAAGACGUCCAAAGGAUCAACCCUUCUUCAGCUCAACUCUAUGCCGGUCUUUACUUCAUUCCUUGGAUGUUAAGACCCCUUUGGGGCCUCUUGAGUGAUGUUUUCCCUAUAAGGGGAUAUCACCGGCGGCCUUAUUUUAUUGCCGCCAGUGUCAUUGGAGCUUUAUCGGCGGUACUCGUGACAAUGAUCUCCACAUUGCCUGUUAGCUUGGCUCUUGUUUGUUUCAUUGGAGUUGUUUGUGGGAUGGCCAUCGCAACUGCAACGAUUGAUGCUUGUAUUGCUAAGCGUAGCAUCGAGGUGAAAGAGUUAGCCCCGGAAUUACAAUCUCUUCGUGGGGUUUGUCUCUCUUUUGGAGACUUGUUUGGGUUUUUUGUUAGUGGAUUUCUUGUUCAUUUGCUUGGACCUCAGGAAGCACUCGGGCUUCUAACUAUCGCACCAGCUUCAUUUCUAGUUUUGGGAUUCCUUAUUUAUGAAUUAAGAUCAUUUUCCAACCCUACUCAUGCUUCUAACAAGGUUGCAGAAAGGGUAGGAAGCGCAAUGCAGAAUAUGUAUAAAACAAUGAAGUUCCCACAAGUUUGGAAACCAUCACUCUUCAUGUUUCUGUCUUUGGCCCUCAGUUAUAGCACUCAUGAAGGCCAUUUUUACUGGUAUACUGAUCCUAAACUCGGUCCCGGUUUCUCCAAGGAAUUUAUUGGAAUGAUGUAUGCAAUUGGAGCCGUGGGAUCUAUAGUUGGUGUAUUCAUCUACCACAAGUUCUUGAAAGAUUACCCUCUUAGAACUCUCCUGUUCUAUGCUCAACUCAUCUACGCCGUAUCUGGACUGUUGGAUCUUAUGUUCAUCCUAAGAUGGAAUUUACCACUUGGGAUCCCUGAUUCAUUAUUCAUUAUAAUUGAGGAAACUGUUUUGCACAUAAUCGCGCGUAUUCGAUGGAUGCCAAUGGUAGUCUUGAGUACAAGGCUAUGUCCUUUAGGCAUUGAGGGAACGUUUUUUGCACUUCUAAUGUGCAUAGAUAGCUUAGGCUCCCUCUCUUCUAAGAUGAUUGGAGGAGUGGUACUUCAUCUCUUCAAUAUUUCAAGAACUAAUUUUAGUAAUUUGUGGUUGGCAGUUCUUGUAAGAAAUUGUUUGAGAUUAGGUACACUUGCUUUGAUCUUUCUUGUACCAAAUGUAACACAACAUGAUGUUUUGGUUCCUUCCAAUAAUAUUAGCUCAAACAAAUAUAGUAAUUCUAGGGUAGAGGAAGCAACGUUGGAACUUGUACCUUUGGUUGAAAAUUAGAAAUUUGAUUACACCAAAUAUUUGGAUUGUAGUAUAGCAUAAAAGUGGAUGUUUUAACAUUAUUAUACAAAGAAGUAUAACAUAUAAAUCUUUUUCUAAUCGAGUAGA